CACACAACCUCUGCGCAGGACUGAAAUUCUGUGGGGGUGGGGUGGGGUGUGUCCCGAAGUUUUUUCUUUUUCCCAAUUGAAACUCCAAGGACUAAAAAUUAAGUAUCCCUUUGAGCCUGAGAAAAAAAAAAAAAAAAAGCUGCCGCUAAAGGACACAAUUCUCACCAACUGGUCACCUCUGUAUUUAUUCUCUUUCAAUUUGUUGAGCCCCUGCAGUGCAGAGGCCUCAUCUGAUAUAUAUAUAUGAUAUAUAUCAUCACUCUCUCUCUCUCUCUCUCUCUCUCUCAAACAAGUCAGGCAAUGAAGAGCUCUCUCAAGGGGUCUCCAUCUUCCUCUGUUGACAAUGGCGAUGAUGACGAUCAUCAAGCUGGACAGAGGUUGGUAUUGUACCAUCAUUUGCUAGCUGCCGCUGAUCAUCAUCAGAGAAGCGGCCUGCAGAAAUCGCCGUCGUGGUCGUCAACUCCGGUGAGACCUUAUGUUCGCUCCAAAAUGCCUCGCCUUCGUUGGACACCUGAUCUUCACCACUGUUUUGUGCAUGCAGUCAAAAGGCUUGGGGGCGAACAAAGAGCUACUCCAAAGAUGGUUUUACAGAUCAUGAAUGUGAAAGGCCUUACCAUAUCUCACGUUAAAAGCCAUCUUCAGAUGUACAGGAGCAUGAAGCAUGAACAAGGCAUCCAAGCAGCGGCUAUGGCAGCAAAGAAGAAUGGUAUGUUCCAGGCCUUGGAGCACCCAAACAACUCAAACUUAUUAUUGAAACCAAUCAAUAGCAAUCAACCUCGUUAUUUCCAAAACAACGAUGGGAUGCAAAACAUGUACAACUAUGGACCCUGCCAAGGCAAUCAAACUUGUUACAUUGAACAGCUUGAUCUCAACACUACCAGCCCACUGCCAAAAUGGAAAGAUGAGAAGAAGCAAGCAAUGUGGAUUGAGAAAAAAGUGACGAGGGAGCAGAAUCCAAAUUCCUUCAUCAUAUUCAAGGAUCUACUCAAAAGAUGCACUGAUGCAAAAGAGAGCAAUGAUCAAGGAAAAGCUGUGUCGCUAGUGAGUGCAGGUUGCAAGAGCAAUCAUAAAGAAUUUGAAGAUUUAUUAUUAUGUGAAGAAAGUGAAAGUAGCAUGAGAGUAGUUUCUAAUAAUGAUGCAAGAAUGUCUCUAUCACUCAACUCGUCACCGAAAGCUUCUCAUGAGCUGUUGAGGCUCAGCAAAGCUGCUGGGAAUUCAGAUAUGAAUGAUGUCUCUCUUGAGCUUACUCUCGGUACUUAGACUAUAUAUUCAUGCACAUAAUCGAUAGAGAGAAUGUGGAAACUUCAUAAAAAA